AAUUCUCUAGGUUGAGGUUGACUCUCAUUAAAAAGUCUCCUUUUCUAGUUUGCUACACGUUGAAGAGGAGGAAUUUUUAGUGCCGACUGAAAAGCCGUGAAAUGUCCUCAGCAAACAACUGGUGGUUAAUAUUUGGUGACUAAUAAUAAUAUUUAUUUCGAGUAGCUAGGUAUUUACCUGCUUCACACCAGUUGCAUGACUUUUUACUACGUAUGUACAUACGCGCACGAGAAGGGAACCAACAUCUGCUGGGAUUAAUAAAUUACUAUAAUGAAAUAGAAAAUAGUGAGCUAUUUUAAUUGCUGGAUUCCAAUACAACUCUAAUGUGAAAGUCAAUAAAUUAUUUAGUGCAAUAUUUCUCUGCGGCUCAACGACAAAUAUUUUAUUGCAACUUAUGUGAUCAACUUAAGAAAUCAAAACAAAAUUGGUUUCGUUCGUCUCCCUCGUGUGAUUUACAGGGGAAUAAUUUCUCGACGAUGAAAGACAACAAACUUUCCAAUUUUGUUUUUGGGGAUCAUUAAAUCACAGGUUGUCCAUGCCCAUGCCUUUCCUUGGCUUCCAUAUUUGUCAAUUUCGCAAGUACAAGCAAAGGAGGAGAGAAGACGAUCACUGUUUGACGCAAGGGGUCAAUAAAUCACAUCAACAGCCAUCAAUAAGAAUCUUGAAAUUGCAAGUAAUCCAACAACAGCAGACGCAUCGCCUGUGAGCAUCGCUGACGGGCUGUCAUUCAUGACCAACUUGGUGGUGGGAGCCAGUGGAAAUAACAAUUGACAAUUCAAUGGUGGCAGUUUUUGCUGAGCUGAAGAAAGUGAAACGGUUAUCAUCGGUCGAUCAACAGUGCGCAAAUUCCGGAAAUUCAAUGCCGCUGGGAUAUAAUUGCUUAUUGUCCUCAUAAGCAUCCAAAGAAAGACAGUUAACUAAACCAGUGAUAAUUUUAGUGGGUAGUGUGAAACCUUGGUAGUUAUACGUAGUUGUAGAAAAUAUGAUUGAUAGACGAAGCAAAUUGUGCAGAUUUUAACAUAAAAACGUCCAACAAUUCUCCAAUUUUAUUCGAGAAGAAAGAGGAUUUGAGUACAACAAAGUGGAUAACAUAAUACAAGGAAUAGUGAAGACCGGUUGGUUUGAGAACAUUGAGGCGAGAAGAUGAGUGUGAGUGUGGAAAUUAAGAAUUUGGCUGCAUUGCCACCACCCACGAACACCACCACACCCGCCACGGUCACGGUAACUGUGAAUCAGGAGAAUAUGGAGGACGAGUUUUGGGCAGAGGUGGCCGGCAGCAAGGAACGCUUGGACGAAGAUGAGCACAAGGGAAAUGUCACGGAUGAAGGAGAGAUUGAGGCGGAUUGGCUUUCUGACGUUGGGUUAUCGGAGUGGACUCAACAAUGGAGGCAGGGCAAAUCCCUCCCCGAAAAUGACAUUGGGCCAGCAGUGCAAAAAUUGAGCUUGAAGCCCCAUCAGGCUGAUGCUGUUCGUAAGAGAGUUAGAACGCUAAAUGCAACAUUGAAACGAAAAAAGAAUCAUCGAAGGCCUCCAGAUGUCCGCAGUUUUUUUCAAAACGAAUUUCCAGAAAAUAAGGAUUCAUCAAGAAGUGAAACUCCCGACUCUCUGGAUUCCAACGAAUUUAUCCCAAGUGACUCGCCACCAAGGAGAUCAUCACCUUUAUCAUCUCAGCAUCAUCAUGCAAGCGGAUCUUCUGCUGACGAACUUGAUGAUAUCUGCCAGUUGCCUCAUGUGCCAAAUUUUGUGUCAAUCUUUGCCGAUGGAAAUCAUCAACCUGCAUCAACGUCACCCCCAAAUAAAAAUAAAGAUCUUUUCAAACCCCGGUUUCCCGUGCGUGGAAAUUCUAGUGUGACCACGGAUGGCGAAAUUGCUACCGAUAAUAUUUCAGGGAUUGAAAUUCUCGGAUACCAUAAUGUAGGAACUAUCUACAUGAAAGGAUAUAUUCCGUCCAAGAAGCCCGUUUUUCAAGGAAUAAUUACGCCAUCUGCAAAUUUUUCCACCAUAUCCAUAAAUAACAUAUCUUCUGUUAAUGACAGUUCGAAAACAUGCAACACAUUUAGUGCUACGAAAACUGGAUUCACCGCUGAGCUUAAUCGUAUUAACGGUGACUUGAUGAGCAAUGAUGAAAAUGACGAUAGUUUAAAUCCGGAAGAAUCAUAUGUCGACCCUGCGGGACUGACUCGAUUGUGCGAUUUGAGCGAAGAGGACUGUAAAAGUAUCCGUCCAUUAAUUCUCAUGGAACUCACUGCCCAAUGUGAUCACGUGAAUAUUCAACUUCGUCGAAAGAAAGUUCAAAAAGUGCUCAAGAAAAAUCCUCCGACAGAAGAAGGAGCCAGUUGCAUUUUUGGGGUUUCGUUGGAGUCUCUGCUACAAAAAGACCGUCAAGUUACUGCUGAUAACAGUUUAGAAGUACCAAUCAUAUUUGAAAAAUUGACAUCGCACUUGCAAAAACGAUCAAUGAACGAGCAAGGAAUUCUUCGAAUGGCUGGACAAAAGGCGAAAAUUUCUGAACUACGGGCAGUUUUUGAAUCUAGUCUUUACACAGAACCGGAACAGGUGGAUGCUGCAAUGAAUCAAUGCUCUUCCCAUGACGUUGCCAAUCUACUCAAGCAGUUUUUGAGAGAAAUUCCCAAUCCUCUUCUCGGUUAUGAAUAUGUUGACGCUUUCUUCGAAAUUACUGAUAAAUUAAAAGAUCGAAGCUUAGAAACAUGCAUUCGUCUUCUGAUUCUCCUUCUACCUCAAAGCCAUCAAGCCGUUCUGCGACAGUUGAUUACAUUUCUCCGUGAUCUGGUUAAAAACUCUGACAAAAAUAAAAUGGGGUUGAAGAACGUUGCUCUGAUUGUUGCUCCAAAUUUAGUUCCAAUGUCUGCUCUUGGGUCACAGAAUAAGGAACUGAAUAGAGCAGCAACUUGGGUGCGAAUGACUCAGACGUUGAUCAAGUAUGGAGCUGGCCUAUUUUACAUUCCGAGUGACCUUUUAUCUCAGUUGAGGCAAAUCAACGACCGUGCUAAAGCGAAACGGGCGAAAGCGAGAAACGGGAAUACUCCAAAUAAUAAAUCAAUGGCCAACGGGAAUUCUGGUUCAGGCUGCAAAUCAGGCCCUUGCAAUUAUCUCAAGGUAUCUGCGCCUCAGUUAGGUUUUCCCGAUGUGAUGCUCCCGAUUAAUGCUGGCACAACGGCCGGAGAAAUUGUUCUUUCAUUACUAGAAGAGGCAGAUCGAAAAGCAGAAUCUUUGGAAAAAGAAGGCCUCCAAAAUGGAUCUUCUCAUGUGAAUGUUAACAUGAACCAAGGGAAUGGAGUGGGCAUAAGAAGAAGACCUGUUCCCAGAACUCAGGAUGUCAGUAAUAAAAAUGUUCCAAAUCUUAGCUGCCUAUUAACUCAGAUGAAUCCAGAGAUUGCUCUAAAGACUCAUUCUUUGUACGAAAUCGGAGGAAAUAUUGGUUAUCGACGUGUUGACCCCUCCGCACUACUUCCAGCCGUUUGUAGAGAUAAUCCUUCCGCUUCGUGGGUCCUGAGAUGCAAUCAUCGACAUUCGACAUUCGUCUAGCCUCUGACUGAAGAUGCCUAAAAAUAACUUUCCUCAGGUUGGACUGAGCCCAACUUGCAAAACUGUUUCCAAUGUUCGUCAAACUUCAAAAUAGUGCAGGGCUAAUACACUAGUUUCAUUGUGAAGCUUUCUCAAAUUGAGACAAUACUUGUCUUAAAUUAAUUUAUAUAGGUUAAUAUACGUUAUUAUUGUUUUACUAUUAUUGCGAAGUAGUUUUGCAAUUUUUGUAAGACUGUAACUGAAUUAAAAAUAUUCAUUUAGUUAAUUUUACAUAUAUACAUAACGGAUAAAGCAGGUCACUAAUUCUGUCAAUUAAUUAAGUAGCUAACAUUAGUAUGCAUAGUUUUUAGUGCUUAUUUAUACUAUGGUUAAACUCUGGCUGCAAACGAAACGUCAAUUUUGGUAGCUUUAUGACAAAGACUUAACAAUUAUAAUAAAUAUGAGAAGACAAAUUAAAUAAACUAUUAACCAUUUCAUUUAA